AUGAAAAUAUUUGGGUACAUAGAAAGCAAUGGGGAUCAAACUUUCUUUAUUAAGCAUGGUGAACCAAACAAGGUUACAACCUUAGUUGUGUAUGUAGAUGAUAUCAUCAUAACAGGAGAUGAUACUGAGGAGUUUAAAUGCCUUGGCCAAAAUCUAUCUAGGAAAUUUGAUAUCAAAUCCCUAGGAAGAUUAAAAGAUUUCUUGGGAAUUGAGGUUGCAUAUUUAAAAGAAGGUAUAUUUCUUUCACAACACAAAUAUAUUCUUGAUUUACUUCAAGAGACUGGAAAAUUAGAGUGUAAACCUGCUGACACUCCAAUUGAUCCCGACCUAAGUUCGGGAGAAAGUAAAGACUCUGAUCAGGUAGACAAAAGCUCAUAUCAACAUUUGCAGUGA